GACGCUUUUAUGAUUCCUGCGUACUCCUUCAAAAGUGGAUGCAGUUAUAUCUUUCGUCUGCUAUUAUCUGAGGAUGACAAUCCUAAUCGCGGUUCACUAAAGGUGCAGACAAUUACAAUGACAGACUACAGAAUGCUGCACGUAACGAUCGAAUGUUUAUUCAACUGUGCAAUGAACUUGUUUAGCCCUUUUUCUAAUGUGCGCCUUACUGCUAGAUGCGCAAACUGCGGAACUCAGAAGGUUAGAUACCAGUGGUAUGUGGGUGGUCAGCUCACUCUAACUAGCAAAGACCUAAAUUUGUAUAUACGCACCGUAGCGAAUUCUUCUAUAGUUCAGCUUAUAGUAACAGCACAAGAUGGUUGGUUUGGUCAGGACAUUAAAUAUCUAACCAAAAACUCUGGUCCGACUAUUGGAAAAUGUUUUGUAAAUCCAACAACAGGUCAAGAAGCGCUAACACCAUUUUUUCCGUGCUGCAAGGAUUUCGACACGAAGAACAAUCCUAUAGAGUAUUGGUAUUAUGCCGGACAUGUACUGCUUGAUAGUUGUUAUGACUGUAGUUGUGAAGUGCACUUACCAGUUACUAAUUUUAUUAAAGUACUUGUUUGUGAUAGCUUUCAAGCAUGCCGCACUAACUUGAUAAAGGUUAAAGUUACGGCACUGCAGAAUGUUCCCGCUCAGCCUCCGGAUGUUCUUUGGAAAUAUAUUACUGAUUCACCCCAUAAUAUUCUUAAUCUUGUUGAGGAAGAUACGAAAGAACAGGACUUGCUUGCCAAUGUGGUGCAAUUAAUGAACAAUAAUUUUCAACGUUUAUACCAUAAUGAUAUGAUAUACCUACUGAUUGAACAGCCGCUUAUUCAUGUUACCCAGGCAUGCGUAACCGUCUACCACAUGAUGAACCAUAUGUGUAAACAAACACCCCAACCAGCCCAGUCUAUUUAUGAUCAGUACCAUCGCGCUCUUAAAUCAGGAAAGCUUGUGCAAGCGUUUUUUGAUAAACUGUUGGCUGAAAUUAACAACUUUGAUGAUGAGCAGGAUAAGUUUAGAUCUUUAACUUGGCUUAAGUCCACGUGGGAAACACAACGACUAUUUUCCUAUCUAAGAUAUGCUCAUAAGCAUGGUCUACAGGCAGAUACCAGUGAAGAGGGAGUAGCACUGGAAAUACAAUGUUUUUCAUUUGAGCGGGAUCAAUCAUAUAAAAUUGACACGAGCGACAGUAUGCACAGAGUUUUUUUCCUCUUCAGACCUUCUGAAGGAAGUAAAAGAAAACAACAAGGAUUACAUAUGUCUUAAAGUAGUAUCUACCCAACGUGAGUUGAAUUGGUGGUAUCCAGAAGAGAAACAACCAAGUACUGUUCUGCUAUCUGUUCGUAUUUUUUAUCAUGAAGAUCAUUUUAAUGUAGAGACUGUUCUUAAGCACAGCGAAAUUAGUUUUACUACAAUUAUAGGAAAUCCCAUGCAAGCUAAUUUGGGAAGAUCUUCAAAUAAUGUGCGGGCAACGGAUUUUAAUUCUUCUAAAAUGUUGAAAUACAUUAAUACUGACGACGAUAGAGGAAGAUGGACAUCUAUUGGAGCUAAUUCAAUACGUUUGGCCGCGAAGGCAAGAUCACAGGUAGAUCAUAAGUACAUUGAUUGCCGUGAGGAGGGUAUACUUCUAGAAAUGCAAGAUGUACGUAUGUACCGUAUUAUGCUUGAAGAGAAAACAAUGCUGUCCGUACGGUUUAUCAGCAGCACGCACAAGCUUCGAGUAUUGCUAAAAAUUCAAGAACAACCACUGUUCUCGGAUAUAUCAAAAUCCUUAUGCAUUGUUCCGGCUUAUUCAAGAAACAAGACUUUUCUAUUGCGAAACAAUUGUAUGCAGGGAAAACGGGCAUAUAUGGCAGUACGAGUAUGGGAAAAAUCUCAACAAAAUAUUCUCCAAAAAACACCAGUACGAAAUGGGCCGGCUAGAUUCGUCUUUGUUUUUCAAAUGCGUAGCUGCGAUUAUUGGAUGUACAGUUUGGCAGCAGAUGAACAACAUUGGGCCCACGAUGGUUGCUAUCCAUCGUUGGAUUUCGGAGUUGAAAAUGGUAUGCAUUGCACGUGCAAAAUUUUGGGCACAUAUACCAGCUAUGUAUACAAUGUUCCCGCUAUAAUGGUGCCUGUUAAUCCGUAUGCAAAUGUGGAGCUUAACCUCAUAAUUUUAUUAUUUUAUUUACUAAUUACUUCAUUUUUAUUAAUUUGGUUAUUGUGGGUGUACUUGUAUCGAAACAUUCCACUCAGCAAAACAGUUGUCUGUCAAAUGGUCGACUUGGAAGACGAUUCAGCAAGGGAAGUACAUGAUCUGUUAAUCCAUGUGAAAACAGGCGGACGAGUUAAUGCUGAGACGACAUCUUCGGUGAAGUUAUCACUUUUUAGUACGCAAUACAAUGAGAUGCAAUUUACGCUCGUUCAGGAUCCCGAACAUCUAGAUCUACAACGAAAUACAACGUAUAUUCUCUGGCUACGGACGCGCGACAUAAGGGUACCUACCAAAAUUGCCGUAUCACAUAAUAAUGCCGGUCGAUUUCCCAGUUGGUUUUUGCGACGCAUUGAGGUAAAUGAUGUUCAGACCCAGGAGACGCAGGUCUUUGUUGCCCGUAGAUGGGUUAAAGGAAAGAUUUUAAUUUUGACAUCGGUCCUGAUCUUUAAACCUGGCGAUGUGAGAGUAGUUGGAUCUUGGAAACGUAGAUUUCGAUUAUACUAUGAAAUGCUUUGGACCAAUUGGGCGAUGUGGCAGCCAAUAACCGGGAAAUGGAGAGAAACAAAUACUUUUCCUAGUAUGUCACGAGCUAAACGCUUUUGUGUGUUUAUCAGUAAGCUUGUAAUAACAUACUCAAUCUGCGCUUGUUAUUUUCUACCCACAACUCCAGACAGUUUGCAAUUGGACCGAGCUAAAUUCCUUAAUUACGAGGACUUUAUUAAACUUAGCGUUAUUUGCAGUUUUGUGGGACUGAUUGUACAAUUAAUUUUUGAAUGGAUAAUACGCCAGUAUGUUUAGCGAUUUAUUAAAAAAUAUUUUAG